UCACCUGCCCGCCCCAUGUCCAUCUGUCUGUCUGGUCACAGCAAUGACUUGGCCACCCGGGUCUCUCCCCCCCCAGAACCAGGCAGAAGCCCACUACAAGGGCCACAAGCACGCGAGGAGGCGCGCAGAGAAGCUGAAGCAUUCAAGGAGCAGGGAAACGCAUACUAUGCCAAGAAAGAUUACAACGAAGCAUUCAACUACUACACAAAAGCCAUAGAUACGUGUCCCAAUAAUGCCAGUUAUUAUGGGAACAGAGCUGCCACGCUUAUGAUGUUGGGGAGGUUCCGAGAAGCACUGGAGGAUGCUCAGCAGUCAGUCAGGUUGGACGACAGCUUUGUACGGGGCCAUCUCCGGGAAGGGAAGUGCCACCUUUCCCUAGGGAAUGCCAUGGCUGCCAGCCGCUGCUUUCAACGAGUUUUAGAACUGGAUCAUAAGAAUACCCAGGCACAGCAGGAGCUGAAGAAUGCUGCGACUGUACUUGAAUAUGAAAAAAUAGCUGAAGUGGAUUUUGAGAAACGGGAUUUCAGGAAGGUUGUGUUUUGCAUGGAUCGUGCUUUGGAGUUUGCUCCUGCGUGUCACCGGUUCAAAAUCCUCAAGGCCGAGUGUUUGGCGCUGCUGGGCCGGUACCCUGAGGCACAGUCUGUGGCCAGUGAUAUCCUGCGGAUGGACUCGACCAACGCCGACGCUCUGUACGUGCGUGGGCUGUGCCUGUACUACGAGGACUGCAUUGAGAAAGCCGUGCAGUUCUUUGUGCAGGCCCUCAGGAUGGCCCCUGACCACGAGAAGGCCUGUCUUGCCUGCCGGAAUGCCAAAGCACUUAAAGCAAAGAAGGAAGACGGGAAUAAAGCAUUCAAGAAAGGCAACUACAAACUAGCAUAUGAACUGUACACAGAGGCACUAGGAAUAGACCCAAAUAAUAUCAAAACAAAUGCCAAACUCUACUGCAACAGGGGGACGGUUAAUUCAAAGCUUAGGAAACUUGAAGAAGCAAUCGAGGACUGCACAAAGGCAGUGAAGCUGGAUGACACAUACAUCAAAGCCUACCUGAGGAGGGCACAGUGUUACAUGGACACAGAACAAUAUGAAGAUGCUGUAAGAGACUAUGAGAAGGUUUAUCAGACAGAGAAAACAAAAGAACACAAGCAGCUCCUAAAGAAUGCACAGGUGGAACUGAAAAAGAGCAAACGGAAAGACUACUACAAAAUCCUGGGGGUGAACAAAAACGCCUCUGAAGAUGAGAUCAAGAAAGCUUACAGGAAACGAGCACUAAUGCACCAUCCAGACCGACACAGUGGAGCAAGUGCAGAAGUACAGAAGGAGGAAGAGAAGAAGUUUAAGGAGGUUGGUGAAGCCUUUACCAUCCUGUCAGAUCCCAAGAAGAAGGCUCGCUAUGACAGUGGGCAGGAUUUGGAAGAGGAUGGAUUAAACAUGGGAGAAUUUGAUCCAAAUAACAUCUUCAAGGCCUUCUUCAGCGGGCCAGGGGGCUUCAGCUUCGAAGCUUCUGGGCCUGGAAAUUUCUUUUUCCAGUUUGGCUAAGAAGCAAACAAACACAAAUCAAACCACACAUACGUGAUCUGCUUCUUUUAACCUCAAAUACGGACAGCCCCAGACUCCUCCUCCAUCACGUCUCGUUGUCCUUAGAGCAGUUUCAUUUCUGGGUUGGAGCCUCUGUUUGUGUGUUGUGUGUGUGAAGAGGAAACCAGCUUGGGAGGGGAAAGCUUGUGAAUUUUGUUUUACUGUUAACUUUAUUAAAAAAAAAAAAAAAAUAAAGCUUUGAAUCUCUUGGUCCCUCCAUGCUGGCCCGUGCUUUCAGCUGCUUCUGCCCCUCAGCACAGAGGAUUUCCUGGAAUCUUCCCAGAAUCUCCACAUGUGAGAGGGAGAAGGAAUUCCUGGUUUGUUCUGGUUGCUUCCAAAGCAGCAUGUCCAGGGUUUGGAGUAACUUGUAGGUUAUCUUAAUCUUUUGGAAAUACUGCCAAGGCUCAAUCCAGUUUCAUACAAUCCAUUUCAUCUGCAAGCCUGGCUUCUUGGCUCUUUUUAUUUCCUUUUUUUUUUCCAUGGUUCUCCCAGCAAGGCCCACUUGGGCAUUAAACUUCUUUGAUAAUGUGUGAGCUUACAAUUCUGUAACAGAGAAAUGCUGCUUAAAGAGCAGCUUAUGUGAGAAUUCCCUGUGAUGCAGCUGGAAUUAAGGGCUUUGUGUUCCCAAGAUUGUCCUGUUUAAGGGAAUAUUGAAUUUGCUCUGGGCUGAAUUCCUUCACUGUACUUUUUAAAAUUAAUCCACUUGAAUAUUUUAUAUUUGUGCUAAACUUGAUUUUGUUGAGCUUAAUGUGUGAUUUCCUGUUACUGAUCCAUGACGGGGGUGAGUCUUUCAAGGCCAGGUGAAUUCCAGGCAGGGAUCAUGGGUGGUUUGGGAUGUGCAGCAGCUGUGUGUUUAGUUAACCUGGUUGAGUGGUUUUCCCCUGGCAGUGAUUUACUCCUCCAAAGCAGCAAGAAAAUGCAAAGUCCAGCUCUGAACUGAUAGUCUGUACUUUCUCUUGCACAGUGUCAGGACGGGAGCUGGAGGGCUGGAUGAGCUUCCAGCCUGGAGCCGUGUUCUGAUGGGUUUGGUGUGGGGCACUGCCUGUUAGCAGUUUGAUUUUGACCUAAAAUGUGGUGUUACAGCAGGGUCUCAGCUGGGAGAGGGCUUUGCUUCUGGAAUUCCUCCCUUUUCUCUACAGCAUGGACAGCACCUUUCUGUCUCAGUGUCCUGGGUGAGCUCCUGUCUGUGACAGGUUCUGGAGCUGGUUGUGCUCAGCCUGGGGUGUGAGGAGAACAAGAGGCAGUGGGGCUGUGGCUGGGGGUCCUGGGCUGGUGCUCAGUGAGGGGCAGAGGGGCUGUCCCUGGCAGUGUGGGGCUGUUGGAGGCUACAGUUAGCUCAGAGAAUGGGUGUUUGUGCUGAGAGACCCUCCCAGUCUCACCUGGUUUGCCUUCCCAGAGCAGAGCAAACACUGCAGGGAGCUCAGUGCAGAGGUGAUCGCUCAGAAUGCCACGUCUUUGUCUUCCUCCCUCCCUCCCGAGGUCGUGGAUGCCCUUCAGCAGGACAGGGGCUGGAGCAGGGCCGGUGCUGUCGUGGUUCUGCUGUGGUAUUUGGUCAGGAUUCUUGACAAUCUGCUUUCGUAGAGGGAAAAUUUAAGGGCUUCAAUUUUAGCACUGCAGAAUAGAGUAUUUUACAGCUCGUUUGAAACUCAGCUUCCUAAGUGAACCAGUGCUGAGUAAUACUUUCAAAACCCAACUCUCCCACGUUUAUUCCAACAUCAUUCACACAGGUGUGAGGGAUGGACCCAGCCAGGUGCACCGAGAGCAGCUGGGUCCUGGCACUUUUCAGGCUCUGAAAUGGUGAACACGUGGGAACUGAAAUACUGGUCUAUGCACAAUGAUACUUCCCCAGCUUUCCUGGCACUGUAAAUCAGAGUUUACAAGGCCUGUUUAGUGGCAAUUUUGGUUCCAUGACAUCUCGUCCUGUGUGUGUGUGUUGAUGUCACUGUACAGUCUGGGCUGUUCUCAGUCUCCCAUUGCUGAGCAGAGCCAUGUUCUGUGUCUGUCAGUGGGUUUAUUCUCAUUUUCCCCUGCCUUAGGAAAGUGUGACCAGCUUCCUUCCUCCCUUCCUUCUCUCCAAGCUGAGUGAGCCCGUUCCUUGGAGCACAGGAGUGGAAUAGCUCUGUUUCUGGGAGAGAAAAUGUAUACAGCAGCUAUUUAUAUCAUGGAUGCAUGAUUUAAUGUAGUUAAAUAUUCAUGUGGUGAGUGCCAAGACUUUCUACAGAGUGUUGUUACGUGAAUCAAGGUGAAGGGAAAUUAUAGAACCAUGGAAUGGAUUGGGCUGGAAGCCUUUAAAGGCUGUCAUGUCCAACCCCCUGCCAUGGGCAGGGACACCUUUCACUAGCCCAGAGUGCCCCAGGCCCUGGUCAGUCCCUGAUCCCCCCUGCACAGAGCAGGGCUCAGUGGCACCUGGCACCUCAGGGCAGCAGCAGUGUCCAGUGGCACUGUGACCUCCACUCCACCAUGUCCCAGCAUGGUUUGGGGAGACAAAACUGCUUCUUUCCAAAAAAAAAGGACUCAGCUGUGCAUUGCUUGGUGCGUUGCCUCCACACAUGGUGAUUCCAGGACAUUAUCCAUGGGUUGUGGUUGGGUGUAGCUGCAGGGAAGCUGAGUGCCACUGCUCCAGGUGCUUGCAGCCUUCCUGCAUGUCCUGCAGCUUCAGGGAGCCACUGGCUGCAGGGGGGCCACCAGACCCGGGGAGCCACUGGCU